AUGAGGGCGAGGGCACUCGACAGGGUCCUGUCCCACCGCAUCCAAAAUAAGUCCCCGCAAACUGCCGGGGUGGCGCCGGAGGUGCUGCUGGUCUGGUGCUCUAGUAGGUGGGUGGCUCCUAUACCUCGUGGUCGCCACCGCUGGGGAACUACCGGAGGGGGUCGGCCUCUUGUCCCCUCCUCUCGAUCUCUGUCGGCUGCACGCCACCCACUCGAUCUCAAACUAAUUUUGAAGGACGCAUUUCCGAAACCCUCUUUCAACGUCUUUCCCUCUCUCGCUUUCCCUCCUGCUCUAGCUCUGGCCGUCUCCCUCACUCGUUGUGACUCUUGUUCUCCCUCCACCUCUCCGAGCAAUGCCGGCCCUAACCCAUCUCCAAUCAAAACAUUUCAGCACCGUCCAAACCCCAUCGUUUUCGCCCCAUUGUCGCCGGUAGGAACUCGCUGCACCCGUUGCCGCUGCACUCAUUUCCAUUGUCGAUCUGGUGGUGGAUCCGGGAUGGAUUUGCUAUUUCAGGAGAAUCAGGGUAUAUGGUUUUUGCAUAACCCCUCCAUCAUCCCGAGCGUCGGGUUCUUGCAGGUUGAUCAUGAUUCAUGGCCAUCCAUCCAUUGGUAACCAUCGUGCAUCAAGAAGUCUAUUGCAUCAAAGUUGCUUUUUAUGAUUCAG